AUGUCUGCCGUUACAACAACCUCUCUUCUUCUUCCCCAGUACUCGGGCUAUUUUAAUGCCGAAGUCAUCGGGGCAGACCCAACAGCUACCACUUUUAUCCUCGACUGCGACUACGCUAAGUAUGCUACAUCGGAGGACUGUCAUGUAACAUCUCAAACUUUUAUCGUCGGACCAUGGGCCGAUAAGACUCUGUCCUCUGGGGCCCCUGAAACCGGCGUUUUUCGCAAGAUCUAUACCCAAGAGCCUUAUGACGACUAUGACGGCUUCGAGUACUCUGCGCAAUGCGAAAUGAGCAGGACGUAUGCUAGCAUAUGCACUACAGUCAACAUCGGUGGAAACGCAUACUUUGGCGAAACAGCUACAUUUCCCAGGUCGACGGGCACGGACUAUGAUGGAUUCUAUCGAAUGGCAGGUUAUGGUGGUUUCAGCUGGGUUCCUGUUACUAUCACGAAAGGGCAAAAGUAUCUUGCUGCUGCGGCUGAGGCAACGCCUACAAGCGACUCUGAGCAAGAUCGCGAAGACAUAAGUACUACCAGUGAUGUCGUUGUUAUCACUGGCGAGGCUGAUUCCGCCGAGGCAACUUCCAAUGGUGUAGGUGCGAGACGAGAUUUGAGUCUUUGGGGUGUGGUAGGAUUGUUGAUGGCCGUGGCUUACUUAUAA